CCUGCACUCAGUGAGGGGCGUGUGCGCGGGCCCGGCACCCGCCGGCCCCAUGUUCACCGAGCUGAGGUCCAAGCUGAGCCCCCCGCGAGGCCGCGCCGGGGCUGUGCGCGCUGGCUUAGGGGAGCGCCGCGAUGUGGACGCCACUGCUCACUUCAGCUUCUGCCGGACUCUCCUGGAGCACACAGUGUCAGCCGAAAGCAUCCCCUGCCACCUGCCUCGGACGCCAGGCACCAGCCUCACAUGGCAUGAUUCCCGUAGCCAGAGGGCUUCCAGCAGCAGGCCAAUCAAACUCCUGCAGCAGCCUGGCACAGAGACCCCCCAGGGCCGGCUGUACUCUGACCACUAUGGCCUGUACCACACAAGCCCCUCGCUGAGUGGCCUGACGCGGCCUGUGGUCCUCUGGAGCCAGCAGGACGUCUGCAAGUGGCUUAAGAAACACUGUCCCCACAACUACCUCGUCUACGUCGAGGCCUUCUCCCAUCAUGCCAUCACUGGCCGAGCUCUUCUGCGGCUAAAUGCAGAGAAGCUACAGAGGAUGGGGCUGGUGCAGGAGGCCCAGAGGCAAGAGGUGCUGCAACAGGUGCUCCGCCUGCAGGUGCGAGAGGAGGGUCGGAGCCUGCAGCUGCUCAGCCAAGCUUCCUUUGGAAAUAUAUCCUAGCUGCUGCCAAGGCUUGAACCAGACCCCAGCACUGUGACCAGAGCCUACGGCCAAGGAUGAGGACAAGCUGGCCCCACAGACCCUCUCGAACCCCACAGGAUACCAUGGUGGCCAAGUCCAGCCUAGUGGACAGAUCUCCACCUUCAAGCACCUGUGGUUGGGCAGCCAGGCCAUGGCCUGGGCUGCUUAUCUGUGACCCCUCCUCCUGGGACAUGAGCCCACUCCCUGGCACUGCUGGCAACAUGUGGGGCAGCUGCCUGGAGCCAGAGUGGGGUUCAAAUGACCCCAAGACUCCCAGGGAGUCUUUUAUUUAUGUUCCCUUUACUGUGUGACUGUCCCCCUUUGCCUGAGUCAUGCAUCUCUGCUCACUUGUCCAGUUCCAUAUCCUCACAGCAUUGCCAGGCCAGCCACACUGUGGGACAAACUGCCUUGGCUCCCUUUGACUUGUGUUUCUCCCUGCCCCUGCCAGAACCCAGCAGGCAACCUAUGUCCAGAGUAACAGUCAUCAGCAUGGCCAGGCAGGGACCCAUGCAGAGCACCUCGCUAAUUCUAUCGCCACCCUGGCCAAACCUGUAUCUAUUUAUGAGCACUGAGUCUGAGAGGCCCUGGUUGCCUCAGCCCCAAAGACAGAGCACAGAACAGUGAGGACAGCAGCCCUGUGCAAGCAACUCCUCGCCCUGAGCCUGCUGGAGUCAGUGUGCUCUGGGCCCACUUUUGGGAAAGUCUGGUAUUAAGCAUCGCCUCUGUGUAUUUGCACUUAAGAGAACAUCUUCAAGAAACCAUCGCACUUGCUGCUUUCCCAAGGAAACCUGGAUUCAUAGGAGAGACUGUCCUGAGGGCUGUGCUCCACCUCUGCUGCCAGACGCCUAAGCAACCCUUCCCUGGGUAGUCUGGGGCUGGUGCUGCCCGGCAGAGGGACAGUGAGAGCAGCCCACAACCUCUUGCUCCUCUGCCCCUUCCCACAACCACGGGGACUCUGAAAAUCUCAGGGACAGUUGAGGCUAAGCCUCCAGUCCUCUCUCUGUGACCUGAGCUGGCCUCAGGACUCAGGAUUGGUCACUGCAGGUCCUGAGUGAAUUUGGGCAACUGGCCUGGUGCCUCCCAUCCCAUGUGUCUGCACCCACAGGGAGCCUCCUUGUCAUGUCUGGCUGCCCUGAGUAUCCCCCCAAACCUUGUGCUAUCAGUCUUCAGCCAGAAGGCCCAUCUCUGCCUUUUCCCCUCCUGUCUUGCCCACCCUGUGCUCCUGUAUUGUCUUCCUUGUUUUUCAUUCACUUUUUUUAUAUUCUAACAAAAAAUCAGAAAUAAACCUGUUCUCAAGUGCCAA